UGAGAGAAGAUUAUCUGAAGAGAGCUUCUCUGCGAUCAUGGAGCAUAUGGAUAACUAUGUUGGUUUACCAGCCAAGAGACUGGCGCAUAUUGUCAGACGAUACAGUCAUCACCGCUCCAUGAAGGACAUCGGUAAUUUUUACAUCCGUUUUGAAAUAACGAUAGUCAUAAUACUGUUAAUGGCAGUAGCUGAGGAUAAACCGAAUAUUCGUAGUUAUGGGAAUAAAAGUUAAAUUUAUCCGGAUUUCUUGAUCAGCAGAUCAGAGUAUGGUAACUGUCUUGGCACGUGUUAAAUACAUAACCUGUCUUUGAGAAUCUUUAGUGGAGGUUGCAUACGCCGAGAUAAGAACAAUUUUUCCCCUAAACUUUUUGGUGUUCCAUGGUAAGUUUUUUCUUGGGUAAAACAACCUAUACCGAAAGUAAAAAAGCUUUUCCCGUGUGUGGAUGGCUAAAACUGACUAAUUCAGCGAGCUCUUCGUAGCAUCCUGCUGACCUUUUCACUCACUUUUUUCGCUCCACAUCUUGCCAUCCCUUCAUUGUCAGUUUUGAUCAUGUAUAUAUUAUUUCUUAAUACAGAACAAAGUUUGAAACAAGGCGGUAGCCUUGAUGAGGGAGUAUUCUCAGCCUUGGAUAAAAUGGAAAAACUGCAAAACAAACGCGCACAGCGCUGGGGAGACAAAAUGGACCAAUACUCUAACGAUCGAGAAAGGCUGGCUCAACAGUUGACGGAUUGCUUUGUAAACCUGGAGCAAGAGACGGGAAUCUUCCUUAUAAAACCAGUGUAUUCUUUUAAAGGAAGGUCAGAAAAUGUUCAUGGCUUGUCUUCAAUUGCUUUUCAUUCGUAUGUUUGCUUGUUUGAUUGCUUUUGUUUUCCUUCUCUCACACGGGGUAAUCCCGCUAUUUUCAUGUGAUUUUUGUUGUCUUCAUUAAAUCGUUUAGUCCUUAUGUUUACAGACCGGAAGUAAACACUGGAUAUGUCAUAGCUCAGAAGCACAAACCACCUCCAGUACCACCCAAAGCCAGCGGCCCAGUGACCCCAGCACCCACCCCCUGGCUAGGCAAGGGACCUAUUCCACCAGGGCUGUACCGUGACUUAACUCAAAGCUCCUUCGCUAGACCUCCCUCCAUCCCGACAAUGUCCCAGUUAGAAGAUGGUACAAUGAGGAUGAGGGUGACCCGGCCGAUGGAAAAAGAGCUCCUGUUAAGCUCUUCACCUGGUAUAGCUUGGCAGGCAUCUAAGUCACAAGUCUUUGCGACUCCUUCUACUGCUGUUGAGCUCAAUACACCCAAGAUUUUGGAGCUGGAUGUUAAUCGUAUGAUGAUUGGUCAAACGGACGUUAGGUACGGUCAUUUUAUGUUCAUCUCGCAACUAGUUUUCGCCUCGGAUCCAAUCCAUGCAUUGACGCAACCCCUUUAUUUUUGCAUUGCUUAGAACUUGGAGUUUAAAACCACCUACAGUUGAACCUCUUAAGUAAGAACAUUGGAUACUUAGUAGUAGCUGAGAUAAUGCUGUCCCUAUAUCUGAUCUCUGUUUGUCCUGCGUGUCUUGUCUGUUUUAUCCUUCUUCUUAAAAAACCGCCUGAUCGCAGGUUUAAUUGACUUUGUGUCAUUUAGAUAGGUGAGAGGUUAGAGUUGAAUGUAUUAUUGGUAAGGGUUGCGAGGAAGUUGUUGUUAGAUAAAGAGCAGUCCUAGAAGAAAGGUCCACUUAUUUUCUUGCACCUUCACGGAAGGUCACAUGAUUUUAUUUGCCACCAAAUAUACAUUACAGAAUUUGUCAAUACAACUCGAUAGAAUGGUUUAGGUGAGGUUAGGUGGACACCAGUCUGUUAGCGUUUUCUUCAACCUUUUUCCUUUCUUUUGUCUACAGCAAGCCUAUUUUGGCUUUCGUUGAUGCAGGAGAAGUGACAUCGUCCGCGGUGAGGAGUUACGUAACAGUUGAGAGACCAACAGGUGGCAAACAAAUCAAAAAAGCCAAACAUUCAUCGGGUAUUGACCCUCUCUAUACAUGUGUUUUUGUUUGUUCAAUACUGAAUACAUAACACGAAUGCAUAAGUUUUACUUUCAGCUGAUAGAAGUGUCAAGUCCUUGCUCACUAUUUAUCUGCAAUUUGACUCUCGAGUACACGGCUAUUUCGUGUCAAAGAAAGUGAAUCGAGUACCAUUCAGGAGGUUCGAUGGAUCGGCGUCGGAUUACUCUUUUCUUAUGAAAGGCGUUUUGUUAGCUCCAAGAGAAACAGGUCAUAAACCAUUAUCAUCUUGAAAAGUAUUAAAAAUCGACAAACUCUUAGUUCAGUUGUAGAAGGCGCGGCAACCGAGUGGUUAGUGCUUUCCACUCAGUAUCAGCAGGUCCGGGUUCAGUCGCUUCCAGGGGCAUUUUGUUGUGUUUUUGGGCAAGACACUGAACUCUCACAAGCCUUACUCUACCUAGGUAUAGAAAUGGGUACCGGCGAAUAUAUUACUGGGGGUAAUCCUGCGAUGGAUUGGCAUCCCGUCCAGAAGGGGGGGGGGUGGGGGCGCUGUGACUGAUGUGGGUAAAAGCUAUAGGACUUGUAUAGCUGGAAACACAUCUUGUAGCUCAUGGGUCAUUACAAAUCUGGCAUGACAUGGGCUUAUAGCGAAUAAAGAGCUGGAGAAGUUGUCUUGUGUGUAUCUGAUAACUUUCUUAUAUUUUGUAGGUAUUCAAAAUACAUCUUCACCGAGCACUGCUCAAGAUCCCACGCGCCCUCACAGUGGGCCCCUGUUAUCAACUUACUCCCCUCUACCCCCCAUACACAUGCCAAAAUUACGGCAGGAGAGCCGGUCUGGCAAGUCACUUGACAGCGAUGCAGUGACACAUUCAGAAGCUGGUACACCUGUGUCUCGAAAGAUUGAAGACGCUAGACCCAGUACUCGUGGGACUCUUAACGGACAUGAUGCUCACGUGGGACUUGUAACUCCAGAGAUUUUACCUGUUAGAUAGCGAAUUUUUAGUUUGUAGAGUAAAGUGAUGUUUAUCAAAUGUAAAUAA